AUGGACGGUUCUAUAAACAUCCAAAUCCUUUUGGGAUUCGCUUUGUUUCAGAAUCUCCAGGCAAAGUUUGUUUGGAACACCGGCGGAGCAUCUUCGCUCUUUGUGGCCCUUGCCUUGCCCUUAGACUUAGCUAAAGAAAAGUGCUUUCUGUCCUACAACUUUGAAGUAUCCUACCAAUUGCCCAAGACUUGGAGGAAGAAGCCACCAUUUUUAAGAAAUGGCAAUGGCACUGAUGAUGAAAUGAGCAGUCAAGACCAUCAACAGUUUGAUGAUUUCGUUUACGAUGACUUCUAUGAUGAACAUGAUGGCCACCAUUUUGGCCACAUAUACAGGCCCCACCAUAACAAGAAAAGGAAGAAGACCAAACUCAAGCCAGGAGCUGCUGCGAAGCCACAGAAAAAUAAGCCCAAACGGAAGCAUAAACAUAAACACAAACCAAAACCAAAGCCACCGCCACAAGAUGAGGAAGAUGAUUCAGACUACAAGGAUUUCUUUCAGGGAUUUCCCUUAGAUGGCAUGGGCGAACCCGUGGGCAGAGAUCGUGAAAGGAGAUCUUUACUUUCGCGUUCCAGGUUCUACGACAUACUUAGUGAUCGCUUCGAACUACACGGAUUGGGAUCUAGCGGUAGUUGCUUGUUAAGAUUGAUUUGCGAGGCGAACAGCUAUCAGCUGGCGGAUCUCAAUGGAGUUUUGGGUAGCCUGGUUCAUGUGAUGUUCAGUCCCAGUAGCUCCCGAUAUGAGGCUCUACCCAAGCAUUACUAUAUUGCUGAAUUAGAUGGUAGUAAGGCCAACUGUGGAACUUACCAUCAAAAAUGCCAGUACAGCAUUCUUGAUUUAAUAACUCGAAAACCGAUAAAUAAAGGAAAACGUACAUUCUAG